GCUCCCUUCAACAACCAAAUGUCUUCUAUCAAACUCAAAGUCGAGUUUCUCGGCGGGCUUGAUGCCAUCUUCAACCACGUCAGAGAACACAAAAUUUCUCUUCCGUACAGCGGAGAACCCCCAAAGAUGUCUGACCUAAUCCGUCACUUGGCCGACAACGUUAUGACUGACAAGAAGGACCACCACAUCUUCAUCGAAGACGGCUCUGUCCGACCAGGUAUCCUAGUAUUGAUCAACGAUACUGACUGGGAGCUCGAAGGAGAAGACGAAUACGAGUUAGAGGCUGGUGACGUCUUGACCUUCACCAGCACUUUACACGGAGGUUAAGGACCGAUUCCAGAAUAGAUGCAUCUUACGCUAAAGCUUGUCCAAGCGACAACCCAAAACACCC